AUGAACUUUGAGGCCGUGGCCAUUGGCUUCUCUCAGGAUGAGUGGGGGAUCCUUGAUGAGGCUCAGAGACAUCUGUACUGCGAUGUGAUGCUGGAAGUGUUUGCACUGGUCUCAUCUGUAGGUUGUCGGCAUAAAACAGAUGAGGAGGCCUGUUGUGAGCAGAGUGUAUCUGAACAAGAGGAGUCACACGGCAGGGUCCCUAAGACAGAGCCAGCAACCCAGAGCACCCAUCUGUGUAAGUGGUGCUUUUCUGUGUUAAAAGACAUUCUGCACCUGACUGAGUCACAGGCAGCAUACCUAGAGCCGAAAGCCUUCUUCAGUGACGCACGUGUGAGAGACUUCUGUUUCAGUGCAAACCCUCACCAGCAGCAGGGGGAAGCCAGUGGAGAGAAGCCCUGGAAAAAAGCUGUGCACAGGGCCUCGUUUGUGACCAUGUGCAACUUCCGAUCUUGGGUGCCUUCAUCCAGUAGGGAGGUUGGGGAAGACUUGCCAGCCAUCUCAGAGCUUCUCCAGCACCAGGCCCGUCUUGACACUGAGGAGCCACACAGUGGCAGUGAGAUUUCACAGGAAUAUCUCAAUAGAAAAAGGCAUCACCAAUGGAGCCACAAACGGAAAUUUGUACAACAUCAGGCGGUCUGCUCUGGAGAAAACAGUCAUGAGUGUAAUAGAUGUGGGAAAGUUUUUAGCCGUAUCUUUAACCUCAAUCGACAUAGAAGUGUUCACACUGGAGAAAACCCGUAUGAGGAUAGUGAUUGUGGGAAGGCCUUCAGUCAGAGCUCUGACCUCAGUCAACGCAAGAGGGUUCACGCUGGGGAGAAGCCUUUCGUGUGCAGUGAUUGUGGGAAGGCCUUCAGAGAAAAGUUAACCUUUGUUAAACACUACAGACUUCACACUGGAGAAAAGCCGUAUGCGUGUACUGAUUGUGGAAAGUCCUUCCGGCAAUCCUCCGCUCUCACGUAUCAUCAGAGAGGUCACAGGAGGGAAAAUUCUUAUGAGUGUAGUGACUGUGGGAAGGUCUUCCAUCAAAGGUCCUGCUUUACUAUACACCUCAGACUUCACACUGGACAAAAGCCCUAUGAGUGCACUGAUUGUGGAAAGUCCUUCAACCAAAGCUGUCACCUCACCCAACACCAGCGAGUUCACACUGGUGAGAAGCCUUUUCAUUGUACUGAUUGUGGGAAGUCCUUUAGGCAAAAGUUUACCCUCAUUCAACACCACCGAGUUCAUACCGGAGAAAAGCCGUUUGAGUGUAGUGACUGUGGAAAGUCCUUCAGGCAUGGCAAUUCCCUUACUCUACACAGGAGACAUCACACUGGUGAGAAACCUUAUGAGUGUAGUCAAUGUGGAAAAUCUUUUAAGAGCGGUAGUCACCUCCUUUACCACAAGAGAACUCACACGGGAGAAAAGCCAUAUGAGUGCCGCGAUUGUGGGAAGGCCUUCAGCCAGAAAUCCAAGCUCGUGGACCACCACAGAAGUCACACUGGGGAAAAGCCUCAUGAGUGCAGUGAGUGUGGGAAAUGUUUUCGCUACAAACCGAGCCUCCUCAGACAUCUGAGAGGUCACGCUGGAGAAAAGCCCUAAAUGUGCAGAGAAUGUUUUAUCUUUCAUCUUUUUCACUCUACAACACUAAGGAGACUCAGACCCAUUUACCUGAAUAUAAACGCCUUUUAUCUGAACAUAUACUCUGCUAGAUUCCUCAUUGGCCACAGGUACAAGUGAGGCCUGAAGGAGCUGCAUUGCACUUGCUAACUUGCUGAGGACUCUUACCUCAUUGAUGUCACUGCGAGUAAUUGUGGCUGAAGAGACCUCCUCUACCACCUGCCUCACCUGAACAGUGUGCACCUGUCACCACCCCUCUGGUGCGCUCAGGGAAAAGGAAUUCUGUGUUCUCCCUUGUGUAUGAGGAAGUUAUGAAUACUCUGAGCUCUUGGCAGGAACUUUAUUCCUUACUCUCUAGAGCAGCCAUGGGCAAAC